AACUCGUCAUGAAUUGACCAGAGCUUCACCAGUUCUUCUGCCGCCUCUUGCUCUGUUUUUCUUCGCAAUGCCGCACGCGACUGUGCCAGGGUAUCAACACAUCCAAGUCACCGAGCUUGGGCCAACCUUUGGCGCCGAAGUCUCGGGUAUUGACUUCAGCAAACCAGUCGAACCAGAUGUGUUCAAGGAGAUUCUAGACGCAACAAUAAAGUAUGCCGUCCUAGUCUUUCGCAACGCAGGCCUCGACGAUGCCCGACACGUUGCAUUCUCGCGCCUCUUUGGCGAACUUGACGACGUGAAGCCGUACCUCACGCUAGGCCGCAAGAACCGGUUCCCAUUUGACGAACUGUUCGACGUCUCGAACCAAGAGGACGAUGGCUCGAUAGUGCAGAUUGGCAGUAAGAGGGAGCAGACGGGUAGGGGAAACUCCCUCUUCCAUUGCGACUCGGCCUUCAACCCCCGCCGCGCCGGCUACUCGUUGCUUCGCGCGCACGAGCUCCCACCACCAGGCAACGGGGGUAACACCGACUUCGCCGACACCCGCACAGCUUUUGACGAACUGCCCGCGGACCUGAAAAGUGAGCUCCUCGAGAACGACUACAUCGGAGCGAACAGUCUCUGGCACAGCCGGCGCAAGGCCUGCCCGGAGUCCGAGUUUCUCGCCUCGAUCGACCCGGAAGCAUACCCGUUCGGCCGCCACCGGAUCGUCCAGCGCCACGAGCCGAGCGGCAGAAUGAACCUGUACAUCGCGCACCACCUGCACCACCUGGAGUAUCCCGACGGGCGCAGGGUCGAGGAACCGAAGAGCACGGAGUUGAUCGAGCGCUUGCUCGCGCACGCGACGCAGGAUAAGUACCUGCUCAGCGUCGAGUGGAGGCAGAACGGGGAUGUGGUGUGCUGGGAUAAUACGGCCGUCAUGCACAGGGCGGGAGGGGGUACUUUCCAGGGCAGGUUCAAGAGGGAUAUGAGACGGACCACGGUGCACGAUGGGAGUAGUACUGCGUGGGGGUUGAAUGAGCGGACGACGAAACGGAUGGGGUUGCCAUGAGUUGGAUUUGUGGUGCAGUUGCAGUUGCAGUUGCAGUUUUGGUGAGGGAAUUCCCGAAGAUGGCUUGCACAGCGAUGCUGGGUGCAAGGUGCGAGGUUGAUGGCAGUCUGAGAUGGCGCGAGACACAAGUCUGGAAAAGCGAAAGGGAAAGAGCGAGUUCUGGAUGUACGAUUCGAGGACGUGAGAUGUGAGUUUAGUUCUGUGAUAUAGUAUGCAAAUGUUCAG